AUGGCGAGCUCACUAGAACUCCCUCCUCUUUCCAUGGGACCAGGAAGACUUUUCCUCACUUCCCAGUUCUGUGCCACGGCCCGAACGCCGCCAAAGGACCUCUCCCUGUCCGGAAAGACGGCUAUCGUUUCUGGUGCCAACAUCGGCCUGGGCUUGACUUGCGCACGCCAACUGCUCGACCACGAUCUCUCUCACCUUAUCAUGGCUGUCCGCUCUUCCGAAAGAGGAGAGGCUGCCGCGAAGACCCUGAGAGGAAGCCACCCCGACGCUACGAUCGAGGUCUGGUCUCUGGACAUGCUCUCAUACAAGUCCAUCCAGGACUUUGUCAAUCGCUGUUCCACCUUGCCUCGGAUUGACUUUGUUAUCUUGAACGCCGGCAUGGUACAAGAAGAAUUCAAGCUAUCACCAGCGGGUCAUGAGCAAAUAUUCCAGGUGAACUACCUAUCGACUGUUCUUCUCGCCAUCCUUCUCUUGCCUGUCUUGAAAUCAAAAAAGACUUCAGGGCAGACGAGCAGGUUGACCAUCGUCAAUUCGGGCACUGCCUUCAUGGCCAAGUUUCCGGAGCAGGACAAACGUCCCUUAAUAGCGGCAUUUGACGAUGAGAAGGCCUUCGAUGCUACCGACAGAUAUUCCACGUCGAAGCUUUUGGGUCAGUUGUUCAUCAUCAAGCUCGCUGAACACGUCCAAAGACAAGAUGUUGUUGUCAACCUCGUCGACCCGGGCUUCUGUAAAGGGUCAGGACUUCACCGCCACAUCGGCGGUGGUAUCAAGGCGGUCAUGGAAGUGGGAAAGACUUUGACGGGGAGAAGUCUCGAACUUGGGGCGUCAACAUACUUUGACGCGGCCGUAGUCAGAGGAGAAGAGACGCAUGGCAGCUACCUGAUGGACUGGAAGAUCUUUCCCUUCGCCAACUUUGUCUACACACCACGGGGCAAGACGACUCGUGAGCAACUGUGGGAGGAGACUCUGCAGGAGUUGGACUUUGCCGGGGUGCGCUCGAUCCUUCGCUCCAUGCAGUCGGACUCGCGAUAA